CACACAUGCUCCAGGCGUGUAACACGAAAGGGUCUACUUUUAAGAGGUGCAAAAAAAACCAGAUGCAGAACCAGAUGCAGCAACGCGGAAUCCACCUUACCCGGCCACCCCCAGUUCACUAUCAACCGAAUCAACAAUGUACUACUCAAUUGGACCAGUACCAGUCGCAGCAACAGCAAUAUCCAAGUCAACCGUUGGGCCACUACCGACUGCAGCAAUAUCCAAGUCAACCGUCAGACCACUACCGGGUGCAGCAACAGCAAUAUCCACAAUCGGUGCACUAUCAACAACGGCAACCUCAACAGGUCCAUUACUAUCAACAGCAAUUGCCGAUGACUCAGCAUCGACAGCAAGCUACAUGGGCAUCACACCACGAAAGGUAUUCUCCUAUGUAUCAACAAUAUCAACACGCACCUGUAUGUUACCAGCAACAAAUUAUCCAUAAUAACCAAAGUGUAGCAACAAACGGAAAAGAACUAAUAAGGGCGGUUGAGGAGUCUUCUUUGCAAUCGCAACAAGCGCCACCCCAUGUGCAAUCUGAUGCUACGACAUACUAUCGACAACCUAAAAUACAUUCUUAUUUAACCGAAGAAGGACAGCAGACAAAAAUAGAUUUAGUACCAACAGAAGAAGACUUGCAAGAACUGCGAUUGAUAAAUGCAGAAAUAGAAGGCCAUCUACAAUCCGUAGACGUAGACGACCGGCCUCUAAAUACGCCAAUUUGCAAUGAGGAUGAUGAAUGUAAUGAGCACAUCUCUCAGAAUAAUUUAAUCGAGCAAGUAUUCAAAACUACAGUAAUAGAAGACAUGGAUGAAUCCACGGAAGUCAUGUUACAUCCACCCGUAAAUGACUUUGAAUCCACUAAAGUCAUGUCCCAGUUACCCAUGGAUGAAAUCGAAUCUACUAAAGCCACAUCACAGUCAUCCUCCACGAAUGAACUUGCCGAGACCAUGCCACGGCAACCCAUGGAUGGACUUAUUGAGGCCGUGCCACAGUCGCCCUCUGUGAAUGAACUUUCUGAGGCCGUGCUACAGUCGCCCUCUGUGAAUGAACUUUCUGAGGCCGUGCCACAGUCACCUUCCGCGAUUGCUGAGACCGUGCCACAUUCUCCCCGCGUGGAUGAACUCGAUGAGGCCAUAUCGCAUUCGUCGAUGGAUUUAGAUUGCAUUGCCACAGAAGCACUGGAUAAUGCAUUAGACAAAGAAUCGGAAAAUGGUGAUUUGAUAAAUUUAUCUGAAUCAAAAAUGAUUGUAAAUACAACUACACAAGAGGCUUUAGCAAUGAAAGUUGCAGUAAACAUUAUAUCAAAGGCACCUCGAAAAGGAGAUAAGAGCAUGCAAGUGAUGGAAAAUAUAAUUUCUUCUCGAAUAACAUCUUUAGGGAAGAAGGUGCCAUCUUCCUCAUCUGAAGACGAAGAAUGUCAUAUUGCUCAAGAGGAGGAUUUGGUAAAGGAACGUUCAGAUAAAGAAACUGAUGUAAAGAGGAAAAGGGGGAAGAAACAAAAAAAUGCGUCCAAUACUUCUGGAAAAAUUCCAGCAGAGUUGUAUGUAACAUUUUACACAUUAUUUUCAUUGUUUAAUAAUAAUCAGAAAAGCAAGUUGCAACGCUUGCUGUUAAGUGUAACAACGGCCACACCUAGCAAGAAGAAUGAUAUACACAUAAAAUUUUUUCAUAAUCCAAAUAUCGAUGAUGGUGCUAUAUAUGCGAAGUACAUACCUAAAGGAUCGGACGAUAAAGUGUUACAGGAGUUUGAAAAGCCACAUGCAAAUGUUGUUUUUGCUCAUACCCUUAUGAUAUUAUCCAUUAUGGAUGAAUCUAAAUUGUCAUUCUAUGAACGCAUUGCUGCGUUUUGGGUUAGGGUGUAUUGUAAUGUCAAAAAAAUAGAUAAAGCAGCUGCAUUGGUUCUACUUCAAAAUGAGUUCUCGAAAAUAUUUGGAACAAACAAAAAGAAAUUGCUGGAAUAUUUCAAGAAAUACUGGAACGUAAUCAAUCGCAAGAAAAAAAGUAUGCCUGACACAUCUCCAAGUGAUGAGGAAGAGGAAGAAGGAAGUAUUCCCAGUGCUGGAGACGGGCCAAAUCGAUUUGCUGCUGUAAAAAUUAUGGACAAAGAUCUUCACUUGCAUAUUGAUCCAUCGAAGUGUAUGUGGAGUGGUGUGUUUCAUGUCGACAACAUUAAAUCACCAGUAACUAUAAGUGAAUGUGGUACAGCAAAACUGGACAAAGUGAAAGUAUCGUACUGUGUGAACCAUACUCUCACAAAUUGUUACAUUUACAAUGUAUCAGGUCGAUAUGAAAGUACUUAUGCCAUAACAUGUACUCUGUUGAAUGCUUUGUUUUAUAGUGAACAGUGGAUACAAAAAGCCAAGUAUGUCAUUCCUCCUCCCUUAAGAUCUUGUUUCAUUUCUAUGUAUCGAAAAUGUUGCGCAAAUGCAGUAGCUAGCAAAGCUUAUUUAGAUGUGAUUAGUGGGUGGGUUCAGCCAUCUUUAAAGUUCAGUCAUAGUAUAUUACUUCAACAAAUUAAAAGUAAAAGGUCAAAAAGUGCACAUGAUAUUAUGACUGACGAUCAAACAAACAAUGUUCUUGCCAACUGCCCACGUAGUUAUAUUGCUCGAGUAUUUGCUCAACUAUUGCUCAAUAUGCCUAUCUCAUCAUCGAACAUAACAGAUCUUGCCAUUAAACAUCGAUACAUGCGAGAAGUUGAGAUGUGUAAAGCAAAUGACAUUUCAGGUAUUAGGGAUUUAUUGCAAUUAAUAGCCAACGGUAAAAUAAAUAUUGGUGUUCAGAUGUUAAUUGAUUCGUAUAUUAAUUGGACUACAAACACACUACCACCAUUAACUUCUCCUGAAGCUCGUAUUUAUGAAAUUCCAGAUAAAUCUGAAAGCUGCUAUUUAGAAUUUAAGACUUCAUUCCCAUAUCAAAAAUAUGUAGAUAAUUACAGUAUUCUAAAUCCGUUAUUUUUUUCUCCAUGUAUCGAUGAGGACCAAAAAGAGCCAGAAACAGAAACUCUUUAUGGUUAUGGCACAAUGACGUUUUGGAUAACAGUUCUUGCGUAUUUUUUGUGUGCUAAGUCAAUCAAAAAGGCUAACUCGCAUAAAACAGAGUCAAUUGAUGCACCUGAUGUGCCUAGACAAUCAAUGCGAAUUAAGAAACAUCUGGUAAAAAAGAAAUUGAAUCGAGAACAAUGCGAUGUAGAUACUAAUAUUGAAGAUGGAAAAACAGUAUGGAAUUCCAUUAAUAGUGAUCAAAUUCAUGGAAUGCAAAACAAACAAGAUGACAGUCGACCCAUGGUAUUCAUAUUUUGGGCUAAACCAAAAGAUAAAGCGUUCCUACACGCGCUUGCGAAAGCAGUAAAUACCAUAGUGCGACUUCACAGAGGAAACGAUGACAUGAGUAAUAAUAAAGCAGCUUUUGCAAGAAAUAUUUACACAUGCAUUUGUAAUUCCAAUCCGACAAAGGAGUAUUUUGAAAAUGGUACCCUUAAUAUGUACUUCUAUGUGAAUGAGCGACGACCAAUGCUAUUCACCAAAUAUGAUAAUUCAAAUAAAUGCACCAUCACAAUCAAAGUAGACAGUCAAGGUGCUGAUUUUUCAUCUUGCGAAAGUGCAAAACAUAGGAAUUCCAUGGAUGACAGAAUUAGUGGAGAUUUACAUAAUCAAACUACCAAUAGUGGAGAAUUAGGUGUAACAAAUUAUGUAUGCCCGAAAGCUCUAGUAAAUUUAAUGAGGUUAAAAUGUAAUGUUUUAAUUACAGAUGAACUCUCUCGUAUCAAGAUGAAGACGAAUAGAUCGAUAGCAUUGGAUGAUUUUGGAAGUGAUAAGUGCUUCAUUGCUGGGGUUGGAGUAGUAGAUACAAGUGGAACGAUCACACCCAUCGACAUAUGGAUACAUAAUGGAAUUGCAAUGCAGCAAGCGUGUGCAAGUGCAAGAACUCUUCUUUUGAUGCAACUAACUAAUAGCCUUGUCGGUGCGAAGCAACAACAGAAAAUGAAGAACGGAUGGAAUGUUGUGGUUUUGAAGGAACCUAAGGAUAUGAAGAAGCUAUAUGUACGUGUAUAUUCCAAUGGAACACUAGUGGAUGUUACUGUUGAUGACGAUAUGGGAUUAUUGUAUCAUGGCGUCAAGAUGCCCACGUUUGUAGUUUCAUUUUACGAUGAUCUUCCUCAAGUCGCAGGAGAGACAUUAACUGUGCAAUUAUCGCAAGGUUAUGGUUAUGUAUUGGCUCGUAAGAAACAUAAGCCAAUUGCGAAUGUAAUGAUGCGGACAAAACGUGGAUUGCCAACUGUGGUGUCUAUAGCUAAUAGUGACACGAAGAAAGAUGAUGAUAUGAAUAAAGGAAGAAGAGGUCAAAAGCGACCGAAAUCUCUUAUGGGAGUUGAUGAUUCAUGUCACGAUGAAGAACAACAAUCGACAUCUAAACCCACGACAUCUGAAACCAAUACUACGGAUUUCAAAGAACGACAUUCAUCUGCAUUUACUAACGGCAUUAACGAAACUGUCAGACAAGCCUUUGCAGCAGUUUGUCCACCUGAUAAGCAGUUUGAUUGGCUAAGAGAACAAACGCUACCCGAAUUUUUUAACGCAUAUUUAAAUUCGGUUGUACCAUAUAGAGCUGAUGUAUAUUGUCCGCAAUUGGCCGUUAUGGUGGAAUAUAACGGAUCGUUUCACUACAGGAAGGCAUACAUGGAACGGACAGUAAAUGACAUAAUGAAAAGGAGGUACUGUAGGAAAAAUAAUAUUGUGCAAAUUAACGUCAAUCCAACUCUGUCUCAUACACAAGCAGGUAUGCAACGAUAUGCACGGUUUAGGCUAUACACUGAAGUUGUGGGUGUCGAGCCUAUACCGUCAAAGAAGGAAUGUGCGUGGUUUCUCGGAAACGACAUGCUUCAUGAUAUAGUACAAGAUAAUAAUCCACAUCGUGGAUUUUCAGAACGAGAACUUUCAUAUCUAGAAAUUGAAGUAUCAAGAUUACUACCGGAUAUGUUUGUAGGUGAGGGAAGAAAAAUUAAAUUCGAACCACUGUUUAAGAUACUACCACAUGGUAGUGAAAAGGAACCGAAACAAGGAGAUACAACAACAAAUGACGCUUCUGACUACGCAGCAUUUACGCUUCGCUAUAACCAAUCUCCUUUCAUUGCCGUCGACACACGAUCAAAUAUGGAAAUUAAGCCUGCAAAUACGAAAAAUGUUGUCUAUAUUAUAUUCUGGAAGCGCUAUCCAAGAUGCAAGUAUUUGUUUUACAGGCGGGAUGCCAUACACGUUCCUCUCUAUUUGAUAAAAACUUUAAACAAAUUGAUUGAAUAUUUAGCAUGUAGAAUAUUUGAUCAAGUCGAUGAAGCGACAUUGCAUUGGAAAAAAAGUACCGAUCCUAAUGGAAAUCAGCAUUGUUUAGUUAAUAAAUAUGGAAAAUAUUAAUGAAUUCAUUGAUUUUGUUCAUUAUGACCUCAGUAUUGGCUGUCCGAGAAUAAAGCAUCUCAAAAUACCACAUCUGAAUGUGUUAUGUAAUGAAACCUCGGCAAUAUAUCUUCAGAACAUUAAUGAUCAACUUGAAGGCCGAACGUUUUUUAAUGAUGCGCAAAGCUUGGCAUUUUACGAUGUAAUAAAGAUUCAUACCAUUUCGAACUUGGUCAGUGAUCAAUUGUAUGAUGCAUACUUCAUGUUGUAUUAUCAAGCAAUGUAUAUGCAUCAAUAUUACAGUAAACAGAAAAACAAUAUUUGUACAAAAUAAUAAUACGUAUUUUAUUUCUUAGAUAAUACAUGCUUUUUCUUCUCGCAACAUCACAAAUCCUCUGCUCUGAUGCUCCGCAUGCAUUUGUGAAUGUCAUGUAGUUUUCUUCCUUUUUGUUUUUCUCACAACAACAUUAUCUUCUGAUGCUUUGUUUUCUUUAUUAGAGUCGUCGUCUUGUGGUGUCAUCCUCGAGAACACAGCUGGUUUCUCGAAUUUCUCUUGGAGACAUGAACAUAAUGUUGGUGUUGAAUUUAAAUGGGUAGUGCACUGCAAUUUCUCAUGUAAUUGACGGUCUAUAUUGGAUGAUAUUUCUUUACAUAUUUGUGAUAUAUAACAAGGUGAUGGAUUAUCAAUUACUUUUUUAAUUGCCUCACCAUCGGGAAGACUAUAUACUUCAUUUUGAAUUGCAGUAGACGACAUUAGAACAGAUCGAAAAUCGUCUGGAGGAGAUAAUGGUGUGUUUAUAUCGCGAACUAAGGUUGAACAACAAGACGAUGUAGACACCUUGACAUCUACAAUUCGAACUAGUGGAGCUAUGUAAUGUUCACAUAUAAGUUCACCUUGUUUUAUGGGUGAAUCCCGUUUAUUAAUUAUAUAUUGCUGAUUUUUACGUCUUCUUUUAGUAACAAGUUUAUUAUAUGCAGCCAUCAUUGCCGAAGAUCCAAGUGCCAUAAAUAAUUUAUCAUACGCGUUAUAGACAUAUGCGGCAUAUAUCAGUGAAAAAAAGUAUGAACUUUUUACUACAUUGUUUAAGAUCCAUUGUUGAGGUACGAUCGGGUAUGUUAAUUUAGCAUAUCCAGACGUUUUCGGCUCGAAACACACACUACACAAUACAGGUUUCACAACCUUUUGUACAAACUUAUGUUUGGUUAAAUGGAGCCACUCUGCUGGUUCUAUCCAGCAUCUACACUUUUUUCCAGUUGUAUUUAAUUUGAUGUGCUCUAUUAUCUGAACAACCUCAUUUAUGUUAUUGGUAUCUAAAGAGAUGGAUGACUGAUCAGGUGAAGUCGCUAGAGGAGUAUUAAUACUACACGAAGCUGUGAGUGUCUUCCAUUCUUUUUCGAAUUGCAGUGCAAGCGUUACGUCAUCCUCACAAUCUCCCAUUUGUAGAUUACUAUCUCCUAUAUAUACUGCAGUCGUUGAAGAAACAGGAUCAGAGACAGUAUUACUAGGUGUUGUGUGUGUGAGCACGUCCGUGGUAGUAACAUUUUUGUCGGUUUCAUGUAGUGCUAAUAACAGAGCUACGAAAUCGAUCGAGUCCGCUACUGACGACGUUACGGCCAUCG